UAUGUCAAAAAAUUCAAGUGAAGUUCCAAAUGAUCCCAUGAAAAGAGAAGGGAAAAAUAACAAGAAUGACCAAAAUCAUACAGGUGACUCGAAUCUUCUUAUUCAUCAGCUUGAUCGUGAUACUUCAAUCCAAUGUUUGGUUCGUUUAUCCAGGUCUGAUUAUUUAUCAAUUGCUGCAUUGAAUCGAAGUUUUCAAUCACUCAUCUGAUCUGGAGAAUUGUGUCAUAUUAGGAAAACAAUGGGCAUAAUAGAACAAUGAGUUUACUUUUCUUGUGAUGUCUUUAAAUGGGAGGCCUUUGACCCUAAUAAUGGUCGGUUGAUGCAUUUGCCAAAAUUGAAUUCCAAUGAAUGCUUUAUGCUUUCUGACAAGGAGUCACUGGGCGUUGGUACAAAGCUUCUUGUGUUUGGAAGGGAAAUAAUGGGUCCUGCCAUUUAUAAAUAUAGCAUUCUGACAAAUUCAUGGUUGAAUGGAAUGAAAAUGAAUACUCCUAGGUGAUUAUUUGGUUCUGCUAGCCUCAAAGAAAUUGCAAUAUUAGGUGGUGGUUGUGAUCAAUAUGGCAACAUUUUGAGCUCUGCUGAGCUUUAUAACUCAGAUAUUGGAACAUGGGAGAUUCUUCCAGACCUUAAUACAGCCAGGAAAAUAUGGUCUAGUGUAUUUAUGGAUGACAAAUUUUAUGUUCUUGGUGGGGUUGGAGUUGACAAAACAACACAACUAACAUGUGGUGAGGAGUUUGAUUUGAAGACAAGAAAAUGGCGGAAAAUACCUAACAUGUGCCCUUCGCGACAUGGAGGAGAUGGUGUGAUUGAGACACCAACAAAUGGUGAGGCACCUCCUCUGGUUGCAGUUGUAAACAAUGUAUUGUAUGUUGCUGAUUAUGCAAGUCAAGAAGUAAAAAGGUAUGUUAAAAACAUAAAUUCAUGGGUUACUAUUGGAAGACUUCUUGAGCGAGUAACCUCAGUAAAUGGAUGGGGAGUAGCGUUUCGAGCAUGCGGAGAUAAGCUAGUAGUCAUAGGCAGUCCUAGUAUUCAUGGUGAAACAGUGACAAAAGUUAAUGCUUGGGUCGUAGAUGAAGGCACAUCACAAUGAAACUCUCUUGUUAUAAUUCAAUUAGGUUGCUUUGUGUAUAACUGUGUUGUGAUGGGAUGUU